AAUAAAGUCAAUUUAGCAUCGUAGGACGGGAUUUAUAAGCAGAAAAAGAGCGGGGUGCGUUCGAACCCCGGUCAUGAGAUUGAGGGUAUGAAAAAAGGCACAUGACGUGUAGGGAAUUCCGAAGCCUUUUUGGAGUCGAUAAAAAUGCAUUACAAAAUUUACAGCAACUGUAUUACUCAAUGAAAGUACGUUCGAUAACCUAUUUUUUUCCGUUAAUGUUAAUCAAAACAAAGCCCAUUUUUUCAUGAUAUUCGACCAUGCUUAGCGAGGAUAGCACAACAUAACCGCUUACUCCAAAACUAUUGCUCCGGUGGCUGAAUGUAUCGUCAUGACUAGCGCACCAAUCAGAUGUUAGCUGAUCCGUGAUUGGCCCGCUAGUCGUAUCCCAUAAAGCAUAUAUAGGCAUGGAACGGUAUACCAGUCAUCAUUCGUGCUCCGAACAUCGGAUACUUUACGUCGUGACUUUACGAGCUCCAAUCACUUAAUCAACAUGUCUGGACGCGGCAAAGGUGGAAAAGUAAAGGGAAAGUCAAAGACUCGUUCCAACCGAGCUGGACUUCAAUUUCCCGUGGGAAGAAUCCAUCGUCUUCUCCGUAAAGGAAACUACGCAGAGCGAGUUGGCGGAGGUGCUCCAGUCUACCUCGCUGCCGUUAUGGAAUACUUGGCUGCUGAAGUUCUUGAGUUGGCUGGCAAUGCCGCUCGUGACAACAAGAAAACCAGAAUCAUCCCUCGUCAUCUUCAAUUGGCCAUCCGUAACGAUGAGGAGCUGAACAAACUUCUCUCCGGAGUUACUAUCGCUCAAGGAGGUGUCCUGCCUAACAUCCAAGCAGUGCUUUUGCCCAAGAAAACUGAGAAAAAAGCCUAAAUAUUCAUCUUCGAUAAAACAACGGCCCUUUUUAGGGCCAACAAAUAUUUUUACGAAGAACAUUCAUCACAAAUCUUACAGUAUUGUAGCAUUCCAGUCCAUUUCACUUACAUGAUGCAUCAUACUUGCUCCAAGACUGG